AUGGCUCAUUCCAACAGCGCGGCCGCCACUGCCCUUGCGCCAGCGCGGAAGGUGGCGCUGAUCACGAGCAUCACGGGGCUGCUCCUAUCCAAGAGGUACGAGGUGCUGGACCACAUCCGCCGCUCCUCCAACUUCAACACGCAGCGACUGGACCACAUCUACCACGACCUGCACGCGGUGUCGUCGUCGCCGCGGUCCCCGAUGCGGCUCCACUACGCUGACCUCUCCGACUCCUCGUCCCUCCGCUGCGCGCUCGACGCCAUUGGCCCCGACGAGGUCUACAACCUCGCCGCGCAGUCGCACGUCGCCAUCUCCUUCGAGGUCCCCGACUACACCGCCGACGUCACCGCCACGAGGGCGCUCCACCUGCUCGAGGUCGUCCGCCUCUCGUGCAAGUCCAUCCGCUACUACCAUGCGACUCCUCGGAGAUGUUCAGCUCCACGCCGCCACCGCAGAGCGAGGACACACCCUUCCACCCGCGCUCCCCCUACGCCGCUGCCAAGGUCGUCGUGCACUGCGGGCAUAGGCGCCCGCCACGGUGAGUCCACGAUUAACCGUGACCUUCCAUUCGUGGCGGACGCCAAUGUCCGCUGCGGUAAACGUAAAGUGCCCGUCAUGGUUAACAGUUAUGUAGUAGUGCUAGUGGCAAAACCCAUGUCCAUGGCGCAAGGUUUUAAAUAG